CGCAGCUUCCGGUCUGCGCCCCGCCCCCCGCAGGACCCCCGUUCCCCCCCCCCCCCCGCCGGUCCCAUCCGGUCCGAUCCGGUCAUGGCCGCCCUGCGGUUGCUCCUGGCACUGGCGCCCCUGGCCUGCGCGCUGACGUCACAGCCGGCCCCGCUUUUCCAGAACCUGCGCCUGGAGCCCAACGAGCUGCGCCUGUCGUGGGACGGCCACGUCACUUCCGGUCCCCGUGACGUCCUCUGCCAGAAGGGGGCGGGGCCGCCGGAGUGGGCCCCCGCCCACCGCACGUACUGCACGUUCACCUCCCUGUCGCUGUGUCACGUGACCGAGUUCUCCGUCUCCCUCUACCGAGACCGCAGCUCGACUGCCCGGAUCCGGUUCCCGGAGUCAGACCCCGACCGCGCCUCGGCGGCCACCAACCUGACCUGCUGGGUGCACGACGUGGACGUGAUGACCUGUCGCUGGGGGCGGGGCCCCGCGGCGCCCCGGGACGCUCAGUACCGGAUGUUCUGGCGGAGGGCUUCGCACGGCCGGGACCAGGACCGCGAGUGCGCGCACUACGACCUCACGGACGCCCGGGGCGCGCGGCUGGGCUGCCGGGUGGACGGCGUCGCGGCGCUGCCGACCCACGUGACCGUGACGGUGACCGGCGGGGGCGGGGCCUCCUGCACCGACGUCUCCAUGGACCUGCAGCGCGCGGAGGUCCUGACGCCGCCCGCACUCACCGCCGCCUGCAAUGGGACCGAGGCCGCGCAGCUGCGCUGGGAGAUGCGGAGCCACUUCCACCGCGGGUUCGAGUACCAGCUGCAGAUCAACAAGUCUUCGCGCUUGGAGCCCGAGAUCGAGAAGACGUCCGAGAGUCACUUCCGGGUCCUGAUCCCCGGCUCCGCCUCCUUCCGGGUCCGGGCGAAGCCGACGUCGUCGCCGCGGUUCAGCGAAUGGAGCCGCCCGGUGCGGCUGGACUGCGCCCCCGCCGGGACCGGGAAUCGCGUGACCGUCAUGGCCGCCGCCCUCGCCGCGCUGGGGGCGGGGCUGGCAGCGCUGGCGACGCUGCUGCUGUGCCGGAGGCCCCUGAGGACGAAGCUGUUUCCUCCAAUCCCGCGGGUGAAGGAUCCGGGGCCCGGGGAGGAAACGGAGACGGUCACGUGGACGGCGGCGCCCGAGGACCCGGAAGUGACGCGCGUGACGGAGGCCUGAGGCCCCGCCCUCCCCAGCUGUCAGUCACGUCACAGCUACAAUAAAGCCUAGGGGAUUCUGGGAAAACGGAGUC